GAUGUCGGGGAGGGGCACCAGGUGACAGUGGGACUGCCCCAUGUCGAGGGUUCUGGUACUUCACACACCAUGUACAAAGGCAACAAGCGGCCGAGUCCUAAAGAAUGCGUUCUAAUUAUAGACCAUCAGACAGGGGCAUUCACUCUGGAGCGACUCUCCAACACCGUCAACUUAAAAAAGACCAGAAUGGAGGGCAGUAGUAAAAUAUCCCAGAGCAGCCGACCUUUGACCCCUGUGGAUGUCAACAAGAGGUCCCCAGUCAAACAGAAAGCCGUGGCCUCGUCUUCAAUCAGCGUCAGCCCCCCGACCCCCCAGGUAGAAUCCCCGACCGUCACCCCCGUACACGACGAGCCUAAAACGGAGGACUCCCAGAAACCCGAACAGAGUUGGAUUGGAUUUAUCAGCAGCAGUAGUGACUCAUCCAGCGACUCGGAUAACUCGGCUAGUGACUCAGAAGACGAGUCCAAAACAAACAAUGAUAAAUCAGGACAGGGUCUGUUUGGAACCCAGCCUCUCUAUCAGUCAGUCCCUCCAGCCUCCAACAUCCUGGGUAAAGAUCUGGAACUAAGUGACGAUGAUAGCGAGAGUGAUUGACAGCCAGGGAAUUCUGGGAAGGUUUGGAAAAGUGGAAUUCUGGGAAUAUUUGGAGAAGUUGUUGACAUUGUUGUCAUAGAGGACUCCCAGUACUGCUUUACAUGGACAACGUUCUUCUGUUGUUGCUGUAUACACAAUGUAAGGGUAGUGUGUUAUUACUGAGUGAUAGGAAGUUUGGAAGAAUGGUUCCAUAAAAUUGUAUGUAAACCAACUUUUUUUUGCUUGCGAGAAUUUUUCGUGAGGUUCACGGGAGUCUUUUAAUCGCGAAUAUUUCUCGCCGCAAACCAGUCCUUAAAGUCUCUGUCUUUUAACAACACAUCCAAAAAGGUUUGAUCGCAAAAAUUUAUUUUCGCGAACUAGUUUAACCCCGGUAAAUCGUGAAAAAGUCUUCACAAAUAAAAGUUGGUUUUCAGUAUGUAACAAUGCAAAUUUUUUUAGCAAUACAAAGGUAAUAUACUGAUAUUAUUAUAUUUUUGCAUUAUUACUAUUUUGCAUUUUAACAAUUGUAAAAAAAAAAUGUCAAAGUGACAAUAUUUUGGGCUGUUUUAUUGUCACAACAGUCUUAUCUAGUCCAUAUGAAUGUCAGCUGACUCCAUUCUAAUGUACAUAUUACAUUUUUUAUGUUAUGAGAUAAGCAAAUGGAGAACACUGAAUUGAUACUGUGAUGCAUAUCAUCUU